AUGCAAAUGGCAUGGGGAUUAGCAAACCAUCAGAAAAACAAAAUCGCAAAGAUCUGCGAUUGUCAAACAAUAAAGUGUUUCUUUUUUUUUAGCAAUAAUCAAAUUUCUAGAAAAUGUUUCUUUUUUUGCAACAACAAUCAAAUUUCUAGAAAAUUUAAAAAUGCAUCUAUUCCCAAAUCGUUAAAAUAUGAACAAAAUUCAAAUUACAAAGGUUAUAAAGUUUGGAAUAAUACAAAUCUGUAUUCAAAUAAUCUUACCCAUAUAAACAAUUUGAAUAAAAUGAAAAGCAUAUAUUAUGUACUAAGUUUGAAUCAUAAACCAUUUUCAACAAAUUGCAAAGAUACAAAUAAAUCAAUUUCAAAUUUUAAGCAUACACAAACAAAUGAUAUAAAAAACGAAAUAGAUAAUAACGAAUCCAUUUCAAAUAACUCUCAGCAUAAUGAUAUUAUAAAUUUAAUAAAAAAAAAAAAACCAAAACAAUGUGUAAAUAAAAAAGAAAGUAAAAUUGCUAAAUAUUAUAAUAAAGGAACAAAUGGAUUUAAAAUAGCAAUGGAAUUUAUAAAAAAAUCUGGAUCUGUAAUUAAAGUAAUUAUUUUUCAGCCAUCUAUCUUAAAAAUACAUUAUGAAAAUUUGAAAAAAAAUAUAAAACAUACAAUUGAUUGGGUUAAAACUGGAGUAUUAUUAUUUUUAACAAAUAUGAAAAUAUCAAAAAAUUUAAUAAUAAAAAGAUUAAAAGGGCAUAGACUUUCCUAUUCUGAAUAUAAAUUAUUAAUACGAACUAUAAAUGAUAUGUUUAAAUUAAUACCUUUUUCUUUUUUUGUAAUAGUUCCAUUUGCUGAAUUUUUAUUACCAGUUGUUUUAAAAAUUUAUCCAAAUUUAUUACCUUCUACAUUUAAAAAUAAUGAUGAUAAUUUCAAUAAUAUUAAAAAAAAUUUAUAUGCAAAACAACAAUUAUCUAAAUUUUUACAACAAUUAAUUGAAGAAAAAGAAAAACAGUUAAAUGAAAAUAUAGGAAUAGAUUCAGAUAAAAAAAAAAAAAUUUUAAAUAAAUUCCAUCAACAAUUAAUAAAUAAAGAUGAAGAAGAUCUUAAUCCAUUCUUAAAUGUUAAUGAUACAUUAAAAAUUGCAAAAAUAUUUAAAGAAGAAUUUGUACUUGAUCAAAUGAAUUUAAAAACAUUACAAACUAUUUGUCAUUUAUUAGGAUUAAAACCAUAUAGUAUUCAUUAUCAUGUUGUUUUGCAAUUACGACAUCAUUUUUUACGCCUGCACAGAGAAGAUAAAGAAUUAAUAUAUGAGGGGAUCGAUAAUUUAAAAAAAAACACACUUAUUGAAAUAUGCAAAGAUAGAGGAAUGAACUUUAAUACUAAUGAAAAUGAAAUGAAAUUACAAGUUAAAAAAUGGCUCGAAUUAGCAAGCAUAAAAGAAAUCCCUUAUAUUCUUUUGUUAUAUAUAAGAUGUGUGGUUGUUACGCAUGCUAUUAUGGAUAUAAAAAAUGAAAAUGAUAAACAAAAUAUUUCGAAAUCUAUAAAUGAAAAUGACAAUGUAAACGAUAAAGACAACAAACAUAAAACCAUAGAUGAUAAACAAAAGUUAAUCCAAGAAGCAAAAGAAAAAUUAGUUGAUCUUAAAAUGAAAGAAAAAGAAAUUAAAAAAAACAUAAAUAAAGAAACUAAUGAAGAUAAUAUUAUUCAACACAAGGAAAUAAAAACAAAUAUCAAUUUUAUCAAAAAAAAAAACAAGUAUAUGCAAAAUGAGCUAGCUCUCCUUAACCAAAUAUGCAAUCUUCAACACAGAGAACUACAAAUUGCAUUCACCUCUUUGACUGAUAUUGCUGAAAAAAAAGGGAAAUGCGAUAUUAAUGAAAUAAUAAAAACAAUGUCACAGAGGUUGUUAGAUAUUGAAAAACACAUAAAUGAAUUAAAUGCCCAUAAACAAAUGGAAAUGGAUGAAUAUUUCUACCCUGAAGAAGAAAAGUCCGAUGAUGUUGUGGACAUAAAGAAUUGA